AUAAACGGCCGGACGGUGGCAGUGCAGGGUCAGGUGGCCGUUUUAAAAACAGACUCCCCACCCCCUGCUUGUGCGCGCUCCCUGGGGCACAGCGGAACACCGAUCGUCGUACGGGACCUCUGUGUGAGGUCCCGAUCAUGUGAUCACUGAUUGGCCAAUCAGUGAUCACAUGCAGAGUAGUAAGCAAGAUGUCACUUCUGACAUCAUUGCUUACUACGUACGAAAUCUGUGAAUGAUCACAGAGAUCACAUGGUACAAGGCUAUUCACAACAGCCUUGUACCAUGUGACAAGCUGUGACCAAUCACAGCUCACACAGUA